UCUGAGUCAUAGAUAAUGAAAUUACUAUUGACUUUGGGGCUUCUGUUGGCUUUAGCCUUGCCCUUGCAAUUGGAGGCAAAUGAUCUGAAGCCAAUGUUACAUGACUUUCAAAGAAGUAGAAGGUCAACAAAACCUUUCCCAGAUUGGAUCACAGAAAAAACAACAACAACAGAAAAAGAAUACCCCACAUCCACGAGUAGGCAGGUCAACUAUCAUUGCCCAGCAGAUAAAUUGCUUUGUGAGCUUAUAGAAAAUGUUUAUAAACCAACAAGAUGCAAUGUAGAUGAAGUUCGUCAAAACGACAGCGAUUUGGUCUAUUGCAAUUCAUUAUACUGCGAUUCGGAACUGUUUAUGCACGACUAUAUCACCCGAAAUCAUGAUCAGACACCACAUGAAAAUAGAUGGAAGCGUGCCAGAAUAGGAGAAUUUGCUACUCUCCACGAUGUGUGCUUGCUACGGAAUGGAUUACCGGUAACAAGAAAGUGUCAAGUUAAGGAACACAGAGCUCAGUGGGAAUCCACAGAUCAGUGGCAACCGGUUGUGUGCUUACGUCGUAUAAGAGAACGGACAAUUAGUACCCAGUUAAACACUUUGCACGAUGACAUUCUGGAAGGAAGACGGCGUCCUAAUGAUACCCAGAGCCGUCGCCUGAUGACAGCCACCAUGAGAGACAUGUUCAGGCAAUCGGAUAGAACUGUUCUGCCGGCUGAUAUACAUCUAACUGGACAGCUAUUUUCAUCUCUAAUGGAAGUCGAAGAGGAUGCGGCUGUCAGCGCGGAUUUGGUUAGCGUUUGUAAGGACAUUAUGUCAAGCGAUGCACAAGUAUUGCGUUUAUCUGCCCAGCUGAAUGCAACCAACAAUUUAUUGAGUAAAUUUGAGAACUACAUGGACGACUUGUCAGAGCAAAUGGUACCCAUGGAGAAUUGUGGCAAAAUAGUUGAGGAUGCAGCCAAAAACGACAGCGUCGCGUCAGCUAGUGGAGUAGAAAUUGUCAAUUUUUCGCAUAUUGGUGUCCAGGCACUGAUAACAAGUAAUCUCAGUGUGCUCUUUGUGAAUCCGCAAUGUGAGGAUAUUACAGGCAUAGCCAUUUAUUCCAAGCCUUCUGAAGAGUUGAAGGAAUCCAAAAGUGGCUUCUGGUAUCGUUUCUUGCACUCUACAGAAGACUUGAACAAACUCAGGCGAGACUCCAAUUUGGAGGCAGCUACAUUUGUACCGAAAAAUCUAUGGACAUCGUUGAAGCAAAGUGGUGCAGUCUAUUUGGUGUUUAAGGUUUAUGGACAUGAUGGUCUGUUUGUGGAGAUGUCAGAGCAGAGAAAUCGACGACCACGCAGUAAAGUGAUCUCCAUAUCAAUACCUGGUUACGAUGCUUCAACUCUGCCACAUGAAUUGCCAUUUUUGUUGCGCAACGAAAACCAUCGCCAGCCCGAUGCCAGAGCCAUCAGUUUGGGCAGUGGCUGUGGUUAUUGGAACUAUGAGACUUGGUUAAGCGAUGGUGUAGUCUCCAGCGAAAACUCUGACAUGCUGCGUGAUCCUGUUAUCCUUUGUCAAACACGUCAUCUCACGCAGUUCUCGUUUCUUGUGGGAGGCAGCUAUCGGACAAAUGACUUGGGCGAGGAGGUAUUGGUUACUCCACUUAACGAACGUGUUUUGGACAUUAUCUCCAUUGUUGGCUGCUGUAUAUCGUUGUUUGGCUUAAUCGGAAUAUUCCUCACGGCGGCUGUUUUCAAGAGUUGGCGUAAUCAGGCCUCAACCAAGGUUUUGCUGCAUCUAUGUUUGGCAUUGACUUUGCAAAUGAUACUCUUUGUCUUCCUCAAUACGGACGAUAUAUCGGAACAGUUGGUCGCCGAUGGAGAUAAUCUGCGUUGUGUGGCUUUAGGUGCUGCCUUGCAAUAUUCCAUUCUUGUGCUUUUCAGUUGGAUGCUGAUCAUAGCCUUUCUGCAGUUUCAACGUUAUGUGACAGUAAUUGGGAUUGAGAGGCCAAGCCAUUACAUACUGAAGUCUGCAAUUGUUGCCUGGUCACUGCCAUUACUGCCCACUCUUUUGGUGGCCUUUAUCGAUCCCAAUUCGUACUUGCCAACGGAAAGCCAAUUGGCUACAGACACAGGCAUCUGUUAUCCCUCCGGCUAUGGUCUCACUUUUGGGGUGGUGCUGCCCGUUACUCUCGUUACGAUAGCCAAUUUGGCGAUCUUUGUCUAUGUAUUCUUUAGCAUCUCACACUCACUCAGCCAGAGUAUUCACAAGAAUGAAAGGAAAAUGGUUAUCAAGCAGAUACGUUUGUCAGUUCUACUGUUCUUUUUACUUGGCCUUACCUGGAUAUUCGGCAUAUUUGCUUUCAUGCAGGCUGGCGUCGUAUUCUCCUACCUAUUCUGUCUCACUGCCACUAUGCAGGGCUUUGUUUUAUUUAUUUACUUUGUGAUACUCGACAAAGAGAAUCGUCGUGCAUGGGCGGGUCUUAUAUGCCCUACCAAGAAGUUCAUGGACGUGGAGAGACGCACCACGGAGCUGCAAUCGAUGACCACCUCGUCGACCAACUACUCGAACAGAUUGCCACAUUAAUUUGCACACCCAUUUUUGUUCUUUAUCGUUUGAGUAUUUCAUUUUCCCAGCGAACAAAUCAUUUACCAGCACAUGAAUCAUUCAUUUAAUUUAUAACAUUAUUUCUUAGUUACUAUAGGUAUGUAUAGAGAACUCAACUGUUACAACCUUAAAAUAAACAAUGCCAAAGCUUCAGUAAAA